AUGGAUGAUGAGGAUGAGCAACCGAAUGAGAUGUUAAGUGGUGAAAAUGAUGGUUAUGACUCUGAGGUAGAUGAGGAGGCUUUGACGGCAAGGGAGAGAGUGAGAAGUUGUACUGCCAAGUUGCUACAGAUAGCAAAUCAGCUACAGAGGGAGGCUGCUGAGGGAAGGGAUCUCACUUAUGACAUAAGAAACACUAAGGUAAAUCAGAGUUUAGGUGUGAAGUGUGUGGAGGGUUGUGCUUUCUAUUUGUAUGGUGCUUGGGAGAGUAGGAGGGCAACUUUUGUUGUGAAGACUGUGCAGUUGGAGCACACUUGUCACAGGAACAUGAAAAGGAACAGACAGUUGAAGUCAAAGUGGGUAGCUAAACAAUUUUUAGAGGUUUUCAAGAACAGACCUCAUUGGCCAGCAAAAGAGAUAGUUAAAACUAUCAGAAGGGCCUUUAAGGUAGUUGUUAAGAGAGGAUUUGCAUACAAGGUGAAAUAUGCAGCUCAUAGAAUGCUUCAUGGCUCAAUGCAUGAACAUUAUGCAAAGGUGGGUGGCUACAUAACAACUUUGAAGGCUGGCAGUCCUGGUAGCUGUGUUGAGUUGGGAUGGGUAGAUGGCUGCAGGAAGGUAAUUUGUGUGGAUGGGUGUUUCUUGAAGACCUUCUUAGGUGGGCAAUUACUCUCAGCUGUUGGAAGGGAUGGGAAUAAGCAGAUGUACCCUAUAGCUUGGGCAGUAGCAGAAGGGGAGAACAACUUAUCAUGGGAAUGGUUUUUUGAGCAGUUGAAGAACAAUCUUGGCCUAGGGGAUGGUGAGGGUGUGUGCAUCAUAUCUGAUGAAUAUAUGUCCAUUUUGAAUGGUGUGACAAAUGUUCUCCCUAAGGCUGAACACAGGCAUUGUGCUAGGCACAUAUAUGCUUUGUGGCAUUAG